GGAGAAAUGAUGCUUGAUUCUAGGCGAUUUUCAAUAAUGAAGGCGAGAAAAAGAGAUUCCGCACAGGAUCAUGAAUUCAAAACAUCGAUAUCAACCCUCACGGUAUCUUCAGCAUCUCGUAUUUCCGCCAAAUUCAAGAAACUUGAACUGUUUCCUGAAAUCUCAAAGGAUGUCGUGAAGGUAAAUCGAUUGGAAAGAGAUCAACGGUACAACGAAGAAGUGAGAAAGAAUCCUGACAAGCAGAUUCAAAAACAGACCCCUCAACCGAUAAUCCCUCGUGCUCCAACAGAAGAAGAGCAGUCUUUGGCCAAAACACAAGUCGAAGGGAACUUCAUCAAUCGGUCUCAUGGUUAUGUCAAGGUCUUCAAUGCCAAAACCUACCAAGUAAUUUGCGUGGCGGAAUUCCUCAAGAUCCCGGACUUGAGUCCACAGAAGCGGGAAGACUUCGACUACCUAUGUGCCUUCUUUCAUGACUGCAAACAAUUUGUUUCGCCUGAUGCAUUGGAAGCUCUCUCCUCCGGGGAUAUUGCAUCGAUGAUUGGGUGGUCGAGGAACCUAAGGCGCUUGGAAAUCCUUGAUGCAUAUCGCAACGACGAAGAGAUCGAAACGAACAAACAGGCUUACUCAGAACUCAUGGAGAGAUCUGAGAGAGCAGGAUCGGUUCUCUGGGAGACCUUUUUUGAAUUUGGAAGUGUUGCGGCUGAGAAGACUCGAAAACGGAUGGAACAACUCAACAGCAGAUCGUCUACCAACAACAUAUUCGCAGCAAGUCUAAAUAACAACUCCAAUGGAUCAACGGCAACUCUAGGCUUUCCUACGAACAAUUUUUAUCAAGAUCUUCUCCCCAACCAAGGCAACGUUUCCGACGCGCCUCUGAGCUUCGCGAUGAUGAUACCGACCUUCAAGUCGACGGGGAAGAUCGGAUUGCAAGCUGAAGGUCAUCGAGUAGACCAUGGUCAAUUCGUCUUCCCCGAUAUUAAGCUGUCAAUUCAAUUCGCACCCGACACUAUUUGUAGAAUUAUCUUCCGCGAUCGAGAGUAUAACCAUGGUACUAUCCCCAAAACUGAGGUUGGAGAUUCAACUCGGCUGGGGGUCUGCAUACGUGCUCCGAUGCCAAUCAGUGACUGACUCUGGUGAUCAAUCCAAAGAUGAUGAAGAAACUAGCCAAUUUGUCAAUCCUUAGCCUCAUGCUGCAUUGGUGAAAUAAGUUUCCACACUCGACUACUCUCUCUGACCUUCUAAAAAGCAUCUCUCGUUUUAUUUAAAUCCAGAAGUCAACAAUUUCAAAACUGUGGGUGCAAUCAAAGCUUGCUCUGUAUCUUGACGUGUUUUUUUUUCUUCUUUCCCUGGAGGGAUGUGUGUCCAUUAACACCCCUUUUCUUGACCCACCCCAUUCUGAAGCAUAUAGGAAACAGUCAUUCACACUUACAUAUGAAUUUGUAACAUGGUGCAACAUGAAGAUGAUUUACUGGAGCCAUGAAAAUUUGCAGCAAGGCAAACAUUGGUUCCAACAUCCCAUUUCAUGGAUUGACCUUUGCUACGGGCAAGUGACACUGAGGAAAUAAAUUCUCCCGAUAUAGCAAAAUCAAAAUGCAACA